AUCUGUACAGUUCUGUGAUUGUUUAUUAUGGUUUUAUAAAUUUCUUUAAAUAAUUUUCUUUUAUGUUAUUGAACCAAAUUAUUACUUUUAUUGAAUGAAAAUAAAUUAUCUUUCAAUUGUUCUUUAAAUAAUUGCCUUGAAUUAUAUAAUUGGUUUACCUAGACAAUAUGGUAGAUGAAGACGAAUAUGCGUGCGUGAACCGAAGCCAACUUAAAAUCAAGGACAAUUCUGGAAUCAAAAAGAAAAAGAAGAAGAAAACCAACAAAGAAACAGAAAAAAUGAUGGAAGCUGAAGUGAAACAACAGCUAAAACAACAAGCUCCGGAAGAUACACGUACAAAGGCUGAAAUUGCAUUCCAAAAAAUGCAAGAAAAGAUGCAAAAGCAAAGGAUCAAGCAAAAAGCUGAAAUGACUCACAAGCAAAGAGUGGAAAAAUUCAAUCAACACCUGGACAGUCUAACAGAACACUUUGAUAUCCCAAAAGUAUCUUGGACAAAAUAAUCUAUAUAUAUUUACUAUGUAUGUGUGUCUUAUAAGUAAUUUUUAAAUGUGUACAGUAUAACUAAUAAAAUAUAUUAAUAAAUUGUAA